CAAACUUUGGUCAAUAAAAAAUACAUAAGAGGUAUAUAAAGACCGUCGCAAUGUCAGAAAAAUUAGUUCCUUGCAAGCAAAUAUCGAGCGUCUUCACCAUGAAUAUUUUAAUGGCUUGUUUUGUUGUCGCAGUUGGCUUGGCUUGCCAGGCAUCUUUGACUGCAUCAGUUCCAACACAUGGCAAUGCCGGUAAACCAAGUUCUGGAUCUGAUGAUAUCGUGGUACGAAUAGUGUCCCAGUUAUCUGAACAAGUGAAAUCGCUUGAGAAGAGUUUAAAAGAUGUUGCACAAAAUAAUAUAACUCCAGCUAUCACGAGGGUAACUGAUAUCGCAAAUGAAAAGGCAAGCCUUGUAAUUAGUCAUGAAACAAAAACUAAGAUCUAUAACUUGUUCGAUUCUAUUCGAAAUAGUUUAACAGAUAUUACUAAUUCAGCUUCUAAAGCUGUGAGGAUCGAGGAUUUAUCUGGAAUAAUGAAUUCUUUAACUCACGAUGCGUCAGUAGCUUUCGAAAAGAACCGAGACUCUAUUCCUGGUGGGAAAGAAAUUUCGAAUACUUUCAAUAAUGUUCUCAACAGUUUCAAGGGAGAAAGUAAAAAAAAAAUGUAAUUAAUUUGAUUAAUGUUAACUCUGA